GGUCUUCGGUUGUCUUCCCUCUUGGAUUCUCCGACUAAAAUCCUCGCUCCCCUCUUGUUCAGUUGUCAUCUCUCUCGGCUCUGUGUAUCGGCGACUGUGGCUCAGGCAUGUACACCGACACGAGAGUGAUGAGCUGGGGGCGAGUUGCCAAGUCUGUGCAGGCUCUGGUGGCGCACGCUCUGCUCUUCUCCUUCGUCCUCCUCUUCCUUCUCAAGCUCGACCACUCCGUCCGGUGUCGCUGGUGGAUCAUUUUUGCCCCUCUAUGGCUAUUUCAUGCUGUUGUAGCACGUGGCAGAUUCUCCUUACCGGCACCAGCCUUGCCUCAUGAUCGUCAUUGGGCACCGUAUCAUGCUAUCAUGGCGACCCCCUUGUUUGUAUCUUUUGAAUUGCUUCUGUGUCUAUAUCUCGACAGGACCUAUGUUGUGGACUUGAAGAUUCUCUUUCUUCCCAUACUGGCCUUUGAGAUUGCAGUCUUGGUUGAUAACAUCAGGAUGUGCAGGGCCUUAAUGCCAGGAGAUGAUGAAAGCCUGACUGAUGAUGCAAUAUGGGCCACCCUUCCUCACUUCUGGGUUGCAAUAUCUAUGGUCUUCUGCAUUGCUGCAACGACAUUUACUCUUCUAAAGCUAUGUGGUGAUGUUAUGGGCCUAACUUGGUGGGAUCUGUUUAUAAAUUACGGAAUUGCGGAAUGCUUUGCCUUCCUUGUUUGCACGAAGUGGGAUAAUCCAGCUAUUCAUGGGCGUUCUUACAUAAGAGAACCGGGUCCAUCCUCGAUGGCUAUCAGAUAUAUUGACUGGGACAGACAGUUAAUAGUUUCUUCAGAAGAAGAUCAAAAUUUCAGAAUGUGCGGCAGCUUGCAAGACAUAGGAGGUCACAUUAUGAAAAUUCCCAUAGUUGUCUUCCAGAUCCUUCUGAUCAUGCGUUUGGAGGGAACACCUCGUAGUGCUAAGCAAAUCCCUCUUCCAGUUGUUUUUACUCCUCUUCUUCUGGUGCAAGGAGCUGGACUCUUGUUUGCUGCAUAUGGAUCGAUAGAAAAUAUUGUCUUCAUGUUGCACAGUGGGGCUUGUUCCAGCAAUUAUUUCCUGAUCUCAUCAAAAAUUCGUGAUUGCUUUGGAUUUUUGCAUCAUGGGUCAAGGUUGUUAGGUUGGUGGUCCAUAGAUGAAGCCAGCCAGCAGGAACGAGCUAGACUUUUCUGCAGUGGCUCUUCUGGCUACAAUACCUUUUCGCCUGAUGUUGUGAAGAAGUUGCCUAAGUCAGAUCUCGUUGAGGAGAUAUGGAGAUUACAAGCUGCACUGAGUGAGCAGACAGAAGUAACAAAAAGCAGCCAGCAAGAGUAUGAGAGACUUCAAAAUGAAAAGAUCCUCUGUAGAGUUUGCUUCGAAGAGCAAAUCAACGUGGUCAUGCUUCCUUGCCGGCAUCACGCCCUCUGCAGGUCUUGCUGCAACAAGUGUAAGAAGUGUCCCAUCUGCCGCGUCUUCAUCGAAGGGAGGUUGCCUGUGGCUGUACAUGAAGUAUAGAUUUUCACAUCCGUCAACAGACUGGACAAUACCAACAUUCAUUCCCCCUCGCGCUUGUGAUUUUAACGGAACAAGCGCGAUUACGUUGCACUGUAGUCCAGCUCGAAAAUUAAAAAGAAAAUGUAAAUAUACACCGGAUGAAUUGCGACAAUCAUUCUGGACAGGGCGGUACA